CUCCCCUUUCUUAAUUUUUCACUCUCCUUCAUCUAUCUUCCUAGCCCGACUGAAUAUUCAAGCUGCACCUUUCAUUACUAAUCACCCCCCCAAAGAUCAUGGCUCGCGCUAAGCAGACUGCAAGAGUCUCGCGCAGUAAUAGUAGCCCACUACUGAUCGGUUGUUGGCACCCAAUCGCGAAACGAAACAGCCCCUCCCAAGUAUGCCGGUCAUACCUCCCCCUUUCGAGUCUUCGAGCUCACACUAUCAUCACUGAUGUGGUUUCACGUACUCGUCUCACGCAGUCAUUCUCUAACAUGACUGCUGACCACUUGGCAAAUAUGGUCUACUCGUUUCCAAUUUAUGAUGGUGUUUCUGUUGUUUCCUUUACUGCUAUUAUUGGCGAUGUUCAAAUCCAAGGAAUAGUCAAAGAUAAGCAACAAGCCAACCUUGAGUUCAAGAAAGCUGUUGCUAAAGGCGAAUCAGCUGCCCUGCUAGAGCAGUUACCUCAAGCCUCCGACGUCUUUACAACACAUAUUGGUAAUGUCCCAGCAGGCAACAGUGUCACAGUCGAGUUGGUCUACAUAGGAGAGCUUCGUCAUGACGCUGAAGCUGACGGUUCACGUUUUACCAUUCCCUUGUCUAUUGCACCCCGUUAUGGAAAUACUCCCGACAAUCUUCUUAUUUCACCAUCGCCUUCCUCAAUCGUUCAAGACGCUAUUCAGAUCACCGUAGACGUCCAAAGUCCUAGCGGUUGCCCCAUCCAGACGAUUCAAUCUCCCAGUCACCCUGUCGCUGUCUCUAUGGGCCGUACUACAGACAUGCAUGAUGAAGCCUUCGUACAUCAUCGCGCAUCUGCAACGCUCUCGCUCAACUAUCAUAGUCUUGACAAAGACUUUGUCAUCAUAAUCAACACCAAAAACGCGAAUGUACCAAGGGCAAUCCUUGAGACGCAUCCCACAAUUCCUCACCAACGCGCAUUGCUUGUCAGCCUAGUGCCGACAUUUCAACUGCAGUCAGGUCCUGUUGAAAUUGUCUUCAUAAUUGACCGUUCUGGGAGCAUGAAGGGUAAAAUAGGCAUGGUCAUAGAAGCAAUGAACACGAUGCUCAAGUCUCUCAAUGCCGGCGCCAAAUUCAACAUCUGCUCUUUCGGCAGUCGUUUUUCUUUUAUGUGGCCACAGAGUAAACAAUAUAACGAACACAACCUCGAUGAGGCCUUGCAGUACGUCGGCGCCCUACAGGCCGACUAUGGCGGAACCGAAAUGCUGGACGCAGUUCGAGCCACCAUCUCCCAGCGCGAUCAUGAUCUGGCACUUAACGCCAUAAUCUUGACAGAUGGGCAGAUAUGGCGUCAAGAAGAAUUGUUCAAAAUAAUUCGUGAAUCUUCAGAACAAGACCAAAGCCGAUUUUUCGCUCUUGGAAUCGGCCAUGAAGCUUCAACAUCACUUGUGCAGGGUAUAGCUACGGAAGGGAAUGGGAUGAGUCAAUUCGUCGCUGAUGGAGAAUCAAUGGACACCAAAUUAGUUCGACUCUUAAAGUGUGCCUUGUCGCCAUACCUGGGUCGCUAUUCCCUUGACACAAAGUACAAGAGAGAUGACGAAGAUUACGAGAUUAUUGAAUCUAAGGAUGCAUCCAUGGUUACUACUACUUUACCAAUGAGAGAAAAGCGAAAGUAUGUCGAAACGGAUACACCUGAUAUCACGAAUAAUGGCACGGGAGAUGAAACAGAUGCCAUGUGUCUAGAGGAGACUAAGAGUGAUAGAUUUUCUCAUCUUCCAAGAGUCUCGGCGCCCUCAGUCCUACAAGUGCCGUCUCAGGUUCCUCCUCUUUACCCCUUUUCACGGACAACGUUCUAUCUUUUACUUGACCCGAGCACAUAUAGCCUUACGCCAGAGUCAGUCAUUCUUCAAGCAUCCUCCAAAGACGGCCAGAUUAGCAUGGAGAUCGAAGUGGAAGAUGUAGGAAAAGGAGAAACGAUUCAUCAACUUGCUGCUAAAAAGGCAGUCUCAGAGCUUGAGAUGGGACGCGGUUGGCUCAGAAGUGCAACUGAUAGAAGCUCAAAUUUGCGCCUGAAGACGCAACAUGAGGCGGUUUGGGAUGAAAUUGUUCAACGCGAGGCAAUUCAUCUCGGUACCAAGUAUCAGGUCGCUGGGAAAUGGUGCUCCUUCAUUGCAGUUAAAGGAGACGAGGCAUACGAACCCAUUACAUUUCGCGGUCUAGCAAGAAUGUCCAAGGCACCACGGAAACAGCUAGCUAAUCACGCUGCAAGAAAGUCAGCUCCUUCAACCACACAUCCAAAAGCAGUGGCUUCACAAUCAUUCAAACUUGCAGAGAAUCCCGUCGAAGAUGAUACUUCGCCAUCACUAGACCUUGCGAAAAGUAAAACCCUAGAUAAAAUGCACGCUCUCAUUAGACUUCAGAAAUUCGACGGAUCUUGGAGAUGGGAACAGUCUCUGCUCGAAAUCACUGGCGCCAUCUUAUCCAAAGCCAAGGCACCGGUUCAAGAAGACUCUAUUCUGGCUACGGCUCUAGCUAUUGCUUUUCUCAGGACCCGCAUGGCUCACUCGGCGGACGCCUGGGAGCUUAUUGUGGACAAGGCCGUGUUAUGGUUGACUAAGCAAGAGAGUGUCGAUAAUACUGAGACGGAGAUCCAAAGAGCUACAAUGCUUAUUUCUUGAUUUUCUCUACUGUGGUCCGCCAAGUACACGUCUUGGUUAUUUCCUAUAUACUGGUUUCAUUUUUCAAGAUGGCAUGAUAUAAUAGUUCACCGAGCCUCACUUAGUCAACACUCACUUAGCUUUUCUUUGAUAGGCAUACUUCUUUACCUAUGGUCGUGUAAUUCCACAUAUGCACUCCAUCUUCCUUUUGUUGUUGUUAUGGCAGGGAAUUUAUUGAUUUUUAUCUACAC